GUAAGAGUCAUGAGAUGAUAUGAGUGAUUCUGGCUGAAGCAAGCUGGCUAUGGAGGUCAAGAAUUAAUCCACAGGGAUGCCAGAAUAACAUCUCCUGAGACAUGUCUCUAAAUUACAUCAAAAACUUCUACGAAGGAUGUGUGAGGCCUCCAACUGUGGUCGCUCAGUUUCACACCCUUUUCUUUGGAUCAGUCAGAAUGUUCUUCCUCGGGGUGUUAGGCUUUGCAGUUUAUGGGAAUGAGGCUUUACACUUCAGUUGUGAUCCAGACAAGAGAGAAAUAAACCUCUUCUGUUACAAUCAGUUCAGGCCAAUCACUCCGCAAGUAUUCUGGGCAUUACAACUAGUGAUUGUCCUGGUUCCUGGAGCCGUUUUCCAUCUUUAUGCUGCAUGUAAAAGCAUCAAUCAAGAAUGCAUUCUUCAAAAGCCCAUCUACACUGUGAUUUAUAUCCUCUCCGUUUUAUUAAGAAUUAGUUUAGAGGUGAUUGCAUUUUGGCUUCAGAUUCACCUCUUUGGUUUCCAAGUAAACCCUGUCUACCUGUGUGAUGCAGGAUCUCUUGGGAAAAAGUUUACUAUUAUAAAAUGCUUGGUGCCAGAACACUUGGAGAAGACCAUUUUUCUUAUUGCGAUGUAUACAUUUACCGUAAUUACAAUGGUAUUAUGUGUUGCUGAAAUUUUUGAGAUCAUAUUUAGACGAUUACGCUUUCCAAUUAGGCAAUGAACAAAUAGUUGAUUACCUACUGUCAUGCCACAAUUAUUUAUCAUUCAUUUUUAUUUAGUUUCCUCUUGUUGAAUGAGUAUGUCAGUUUCAAACAUAGAUAUAUGUUUUUAAACUUAACUCAGUAUGUCUGAAAUUAUGUCUAAAAUAAAAUACAAUACUAAUUCUAAGGCAGGUAUUCUUGAACAAAAAUUUCUUUCUAUUUUGCCACAUACUGGAGAAUAUACAGAGAACUAAUGUUAACUCUUUUAAAAAUAGCAUCUUUACAGAGUUCUCUCAUAUUUUAAUUGAUCACAAUAUUUUGUGGCCAGAGAAACUUUUAUUAUCUCUUUUACACAGAAUCGAAAAUUGAGGUGCAGGGAGGCUAAUAUAUGUGCCAAAGGUCAUGCAACCAGACUAGAAUCCAGAUCUCCAGCCAUAAAGACACUUUUCUUUUCUCUGAACCACAUACCUUAAAGUUUGAGGAUGUAACUAUUUUUGUAUUCAUGUAAAACAUAACUUAUUUAAGCACAAAAAUUGUAAACUAUUGAGAGACAUUCUAUAGUUUGAUAACUAACUUGAAGAAAUGAAGCAAUUACAUCUUUAAUGUCAUACUCAGUUUUCCUGAAAUUCUUAAUAUUAAAUGAUAUGAUAAUGUAGUCACCAAAUUAAUAAAA